AUGAUCAGGAGUAGCGUGCUAGGCAGAACAAUUGAAAUCACCACAUUCAGAGGCAUAAGAUACUCAGGAACAAUCAUCCAAGUUAAUCCUCGGAGUCUCUACGUCACACUUUCCAAGGUCCGAAGAAUUGGCAAACGCGAGACAUUUUACGACUUUUUUGUCUUUAGAGCUACUGAUAUACAAAAUUUGUACUUUGAUGAAGACCCUGCAAUUAUUUGUAGAGGACCAAAGGUAAACAAGCUUAUCGAUGCUAAUUAA